UCAGCCCCUGGUGGAGAGCGGAGUGCGCGGUUCGGCGCCCCCGGCGGUCUGGGCGCGGUGCGGAGACGCGCGAGGCCAGCAAGGGGAGCUGCAGGGUAACUUUUCCCAGGGAAAGCGGCCGGUCGUCCUCCCCAGAAGCCUCCCUGCCUUUUGUUUGUUUUCCUGCCGGAGGCUGGAGCGCGGCCGGGUGCCUGCCGCUCACCAUGCGCCGCGCGGCCCGCGCCUCUCGCCGGCGCCCUCGGGCGUCCCUAAGUCCACCCCUCGGUCCGUCCUAGCGGGGAUCGCCCCGCUCCCGCCCCUGCUCACCCGUCGGCCCCGCGCCUGCCCUCCGAGGAGCCGCGCUCCCCGCAGGGGCGGGCCCCCGCCUAUCCUCGCGGCGCUGGCAGAAGACUCAUCUUUGAAAAUAUGUAUUUGGGAGAUAGUCACGUUCUAUUGAAUACCUUGUGCUGGUGCUGCCAUAGAAAAAUCUGGUUACACUCCGGGGAGGCCUGCAGAACUGAUCCGCCUUGGCCCUGAGAUGCGUGUCCGGCCUGAGUGGGCACAACAUGAAUAGAUACACAACCAUCAAGCAACUCGGGGAUGGAACCUAUGGUUCCGUCCUGCUGGGAAGAAGCAUCGAGUCUGGGGAACUGAUUGCUAUUAAAAAAAUGAAAAGAAAGUUUUAUUCCUGGGAGGAAUGCAUGAACCUUCGGGAGGUUAAGUCUUUAAAGAAGCUCAACCAUGCCAAUGUUGUAAAGUUAAAAGAAGUUAUCAGGGAAAAUGAUCAUCUUUAUUUUAUCUUUGAGUACAUGAAGGAAAAUCUUUACCAGCUUAUUAAAGAAAGAAAUAAAUUGUUUCCCGAGUCUGCUAUCAGAAAUAUCAUGUAUCAGAUAUUGCAAGGACUUGCAUUUAUUCACAAACACGGCUUCUUCCAUCGGGACUUAAAGCCAGAGAACCUCCUCUGUAUGGGACCCGAGCUCGUGAAAAUUGCUGACUUUGGAUUGGCUCGAGAAAUUCGAUCAAGACCACCGUACACCGACUAUGUAUCUACCAGAUGGUACCGGGCCCCAGAGGUGCUCCUGCGCUCCACCAACUACAGCUCCCCCAUCGACAUCUGGGCCGUGGGCUGCAUCAUGGCAGAGGUGUACACCCUCCGGCCACUCUUCCCCGGGGCCAGCGAGAUCGACACAAUCUUCAAAAUCUGCCAAGUGCUGGGGACUCCGAAAAAGACUGACUGGCCUGAAGGCUACCAACUUUCGAGUGCGAUGAACUUCCGCUGGCCCCAGUGUGUACCCAAUAACCUGAAGACCCUGAUUCCAAAUGCCAGCAGCGAGGCAGUUCAGCUCCUGAGAGACAUGCUUCAGUGGGACCCCAAGAAACGGCCAACAGCUAGUCAGGCGCUUCGAUAUCCUUAUUUCCAGAUCGGGCACCCCCUGGGCAGCACCACACAGAGCCUUCAGAGUUCAGGAAAACCACAGAAGGACAUUCUGGAAAAGGCAGGCCCACCGCCUCACUUAAAGCCGGUCCCUCCUGCCCAGCCCCCAACCAAGCCACACACGCGCAUCUCUUCGAGACCGCAUCAAGCCAGCCACCCCCCUCAGCAUCUCGUGUACCCCUACAAAGCCGAGGCUUCCAGGACAGACCACCUUCCAGAAGACAAGCCCAGCCCUUUGCUCUUGCCGUCUCUCCACACCAAGCAUCCUCAGGCAAAAAUGCUCACUGGCCUGGAGCACAAAAAUGGUGAGAUCAAGCCAAAGAGUAGGAGAAGGUGGGGUCUCGUUUCCCGGUCAACAAAGGAUUCUGAUGACUGGGCUGAGCUGGAUGACUCGGAUUUUAGCCCAUCGUUCACCGGGAUUGACCUGAAGAACAAGAAAAGACAGAGCGAUGAGACCCUGUGCAGAUUUGAGAGCGUUCUGGACCUGAAGCCCUCAGAGCCGGUGAGCACUGGAAGUAGCGCCCCCACCCAGGGGUCCUACCCCAGGCGCGACACACCCACCCUGAGGUCGGCGGCCAAGCAGCACUACCUGAAGCACUCCCGGUACCUGCCUGGAAUAAAUAUAAGAAACGGCAUACUCCCGAAUCCAGGCAAGGAUUUCAUUCCAUCCAAUCCAUGGUCCAGUUCUGGUUUGUCUGGAAAAUCUUCAGGGACGGUAUCUGUGAUCAGCAAGAUAAAUUCAGUUGGUUCCUGCUCUACAAGUUCUAGUGGACUGGCUGGAAACUAUAUCCCUUCCUUUCUGAAAAAAGAAAUCGGUUCUGCUAUGCAGAGGGUCCACUUGGCACCUGUUCCCGACCCUCCCCCUGGUUAUUCUUCCCUGAAGGCUGUGCGACCUCAUCCUGGGCGACCUUUUUUCCACACCCAGCCUAGAAGCACUCCCGGGUUGCUGCCUCGGCCUCCGGCCGCCCAGCCUGUGCAUGGCCGCACGGACUGGGUUUCCAAGUACGCGUCUCGGCGAUGACUGUCACAAAGCCCUUUGUAAGGGACAGCAGGACCCUGUCCCUUGGCCCGCUGGCGUUCUACCUGCCAGAGACUUUCAGAUGGGAAAAAGGAAACACUUUAUUCUUCCGAACUGAGACAUUUCAAUAUUCUUUUUUAAAGUUUUUUUUUUUUAAUAUUGAUUUGAAUGCAAUACCUUUUUUGUACAAAGUUAUUUUAUUCUAAAACUGGGUCCCCUUAUUUUCUUAAACAGCGGCAUUUUGUAUAUAUGGAUUAUUAUGUUUUAGCAUUUUAUACAGUCAACUUUGUAAUGGACUUUUUAAAGAGUCAUUGAUUUUCCUUUGGGGUUCCAGAUAAUAUUUUAUACAGAUUUUUAAAAAUGUAAUAAUAUUGAUGCAGUAUUGCAACAGGGGUGCAAUUUAAGGCUACGUGAUAAAGGGUUUUUUCCCCCAAUGUGUAUAGAUAUUUGCAAAGUGGUUAAAAUUUAAUGUGGCAUAUUUGGUACUUCUGGCUUUUCUGGAUUGACAUCAGCCCUAGAAAACUGAUCAUCUGCUGUUCUCAGUAUCAAGUUGUUGGUUUGACUUUUUGAUACACUGUGCUGUUCUCUAAGUACAGUUACAUAAUUCACUUUGUUUUCUUUUUAAUGCCCAGAUGAAAGAACUCUAAGUAAAUAGCUUUUGAAAUUUUUACAUCCUUUCUGGUGGUGGCAAUAUCUGGCUGAAACUAUGCUAUGCCAUCACAUUCUAUUUUCUUCCAUUUUUGAAGUCAAAUUUUACAAGUACACACAAAAGGGAAGCUUUUCAAGCCAAAGUGUUCUCCACAUAAAGGUGAACAUACUUGUUUAAACAUACAUCCCUGCCAGGAUGCAUGAUCCAAAAGCUCAGUCUCAAAGGAGCAGCAGAUUUUUUAUUAUCAGAACCCCUAGAAUUUUGCAUUUAGCACAGUUCUCUGGACCUGACUAGGGACAGAAGAUGAAUAACCUUCUGUUCUGUAACCAAUUUUUCAGGGCAGUUUGGGGAGCAGGAAAGACUGAUGCAGAGGUCCCACUGGUCUGGGAAGCUCCGGUUACCACAAUGUCAGUGCCCAUCGCGUGCCACAUUCAAACUCUUAACCCUUGGGUAGUUUCUUUCAACAAUGAGAACUCUCUUUGUUGGGCAGAGGCUGUUCCAUGGAGAGGAAUGUUUACAGCAAUUUUGAAAAAGACAAAGCUAGUUUGGCAACAGAAAAAAGACCAAAAGUCCACUCACUCUCUUCCACCUCUUUUGGGCACACUCGCCUCCAAGCAUGAUUGCCUGAAAGGGAGGGUCACCGCCAGUGAAUUGUGACGUCAUCUCCAGUGUGUUGCCUCCCCUUCUCCCAGGGCUCAAGCCAUUCUUGUUUGGGUCCAGGACACAGCAAGUUGAGCUCAGGAAAUCGUCAUUUUUGUAGGUGCAAAGGAUACGUUAAAAUGAGUAUUGGCCCUUUGAUAUGUUCCACCCAAUAAGUUGGUAAACGUUCGCUCUGAUGUAUUAAUGAUGCCUUGCAGCUGGAACAAAUCACUGUGGUUCCCAAAGGGCCCUAGACUAAAAUCAGAGAGUAAUUUGUGCUUUGGAGAGUCUGCCUCAAAAAUGUACUUGACCAAGGACCAUGAUCCCUGGGGGCAUGAGAAAAGCACAUGGUGGAUGUGGAUUGAGAGAUGAUACUUUUCUGUUAACAAACUGGCAGCAAAGCUUCAGGAAAUAAAUAUGUAUAUGUAAGCACAACUUGAAGCUGAAUUCAUUUCUGUAUUAUAUUCUCAACUCAUUAUCUCAAGCAACAGAAAUUAUGUUUUUGGAGAUGAGUCCUCUUCUCAGCGGUUAUAUAUUUAUUUCCCUUUUCUGUAUUAUGUAUAAAAAGUAAGUUAAUCUGAAACCUUACCCAGCUUGCUGGAAAGCCAGUUUUAAAUUGUAAAUACCUCCUAGAGAAGCAGAUGGAUUGUGAAUACCAUAUUCUUGGCACUCUAGCUUAUGUUAAGGUCAUUAAACUUUAUUAAAAUUGAAAAACCUAGUUACCUAGUUAUUACACAUGAUAAAAUUGUUUUUCUAAUACUUUUGUAGGCCCCAAAUUCAGAAAAUAUUUCAGUUUUCUUCCUCUUCCUUUGUUUAUUAGCAAACAGCUUCCCUUGGGAAGUCAAACACGUUUAUUCAUUUGAAAGUCAAGGAGCUGACCUGCCCCUGAGAAAACUCUCCCAAGAUGUCAGUUCUAAAGAACUAGCAAAACUCCUAUAAAAUCUUCCCUCCUCUCCCCCCAAGCCUUGAGAUGGGUAAAGGAUAAAUUGGGCAUUCAAACUGUUUACUUAACUAUAAAGGGGAAUAAUCACUUUUUUUUUUUUUUUUUUUGUCUGUGCCUGCCUGGGCAUGUGGAAGUUCCUGGGCCAGGAAUCAAACCUGAGCCACAGCAGAGACCUGAGCCACUGCAGUGACAAUGCCGGAUCCUUAACCCACUGCACCACAAGGGAACUCCCAAUAAUCACCAUUUUUUUGUUAAGUGAAAAUGGAAUGCUGCCUGUUGCAUAUAUCUUAAUUACUAUAGAAUUAUAAAAUAUACUGCCAGACGCCAAGAGGAAUGAUGAUUUAAUUGUAUCUAUUCACAACUGUACCUCAUUUCCGGUUGGAAAACUUCCAGGGGUGUCAGAAAAUGGUACAGCUCCCAAAGGUUCAGUGACAAUGAUAUGCCAAGGAGUACAUGUGUGAACUUUAGAGAAAGUUGAAUGGGCAUAAAAGCUACUCUUGGUGUGAUUGUUCAUUUUACAAUAAACUGCCAUUAAUUACUAUGCCCUCA